CCCGUCGUAAUAUUCCCUAGCUCGCCGUUGAAGAUAAGGCGGCCGUGAAGAGAGAAGGACGAGAGGAAAAAAAGAGAAAACCCCAUUUUUUUUGUUCUUCUUCUUCUUCUUUUGGGUUUGGCGCUUUGGUCGGUCCAGUGAUCGUUGCCGCCAGAUGAUGGCUGGAGGAAUCGUCAAGAAGAAUCAGCAGCAGCAGCAAGCGCCAGCGGUUCUAGGCAAGAUCAACGAUGAGAAUCGGCCGCCAGUGCAAGAAGUGGAGUACAUUCUUUCCAGGGAUCUCAAGCCGCUCAAAGAUCCCGAGACGCAGCUCAAGACCCUGGCAGCAAGGCUCGGCUCCGGAGAUUGGCUCACCGUGUGCGCGGCGCUGAAUCAAGUGCGCCAGAUCUCCAUCUUCCAGUCGGAUUUGCUCCUCCCCGUGCUGGAGAAUGUCAUGACCCUAGUCUUGAAGGCCGUGAAGAAUCCUCGCAGCGCGCUGUGCAAGACGGCGAUUAUGGCAUGCUCGGAUUUGUUCCAGGCGUUUCAAGAUCAAGUGCUCGAAAUGCUCGAUCCUCUGUUGCUCCAACUAUUGCUCAAAGCAUCACAAGACAAGAAAUUCGUUUGCGAGGAAGCCGAAAAGGCUCUCUUGGGAAUGACUACCUGGAUAUCGCCCGUCUCUUUGAUCCACAAGCUCCAGCCGUAUACGACGCACAAGAACCCCCGCGUCCGUGCAAAGUCGGCAACAUGUAUCUCCAAGAGCGUCGCCAAACUCGGCGCCGAAGGCAUCAGGGACUACGGAUUGGAAGCUUUGAUGCAAAUCGCCGCUGCGCAGCUCAUCGACCAGCUCCCCGAGGCUCGCGAAUCCGCUCGUAAGUUGGUGGUGGAGCUCCACUCGGCCUUCCAGCAACAGCCGGACGUGAGCUCCAAUCUCUCCGAGACGAGCAGCAGCAGCAGUGGCAGUGACUCCGACGAUCAAAACCAGAAAUCCUGGGAGGAGUUUUGUUCCAGCAUCCUCACUCCCGCGGUGGCGCAGCCGAUUCUUCGCGUCAGCACCAGGUGAUCGAUUUGAUACCGCCUCUAUCAAACGAUCGUCUCGAGGGAGAGAGAGGGAGAGGGUCUCCUCCAAAUUUGUACAAAAGAAAGCUCUUAUGCCCUGUAGAUUUUCUAGUGGUGCCCAAGACCAGGAGUGAGAGAGAGAGAGAGAGAGAGAGAAGAUGAUCGAUCGAUGAUCGCCACCAUUGGCUGGUUCUUUUUUCCUUGGCGAGCACGAAACAAAAUUAAAAACCCAUUUUAAAGGCAAA